AUGAAAAUGGAGAGAUCUUUUUACCUAAAUGGUAAGCCUCUUGUCUAACCUCCAUUAAGCAUCGACCAACAAUUAAAUGAACGUCUCGCAAGAACUGGAUACAAGAUCGAAGACAUCAACAGACUCAACGAACGUCCAGUCCUAUCAAUUAUUGAUCUCGAUGGAUUAACCUCUGGAUACUUGAAUAAUAAUCAAAUAUUCCAGAUGCUUAAAUAGGAAAUAAUGACUUGGAAUGAACGAGUGACACUUCAUCGAGCAUAAUAAAUAGAAUUAAAAGACCCUUUUGUGUAUGAGAACCUUUAUAGAUAAUUGAAGAAUUCAUUACUUGAAGUUGUCAGCACUAGAAAUAGGUAGCAGUAACUAGAAUUUCUAAAUAAAGUUUCUACUUGGUUCUUUCGUUAAUUGCCAAAAUCCUAAAAAUAAUAAUUAACAUAGUCACUUAUUGAAAAGAAUGACAAUACUUUGUAAUAUAUGCCAACUGCUUAUAAUGAAAGUAUGUAUGCUUCUGGAAUUGAAGAUUACAAAUCAAGGAAUAGAUCAAUGCAUCCAGACAUAGAUCCACCUGAAGACAGAGUAAAAAGCUAUCACAGGAAAAAUCUACUCUCUGAUACAAGCACAAGACCUGGCACUACUCCAGGUAUUAUGGGCUUUUCUCAAUACACACGACCUUAAACCUCAUAAACUACCUAUAAAAUGAUUGAUUAAGUUGAUAAAUUCUCAAGACCUAUGACAAAUCAGCAAUAUUCUGUUACUAAACAAUAAUCUUCUUGGAUGUAUGAUACUAAUUUCCCUGUUUUUGAAACUUUCGAGGAAUAGCAAAAAAGCACAAGACGUCAAAUUCCAAAAGAGGAAUCUCCACUCAAAGCAGAUAAACCUACUGAUAGAGAUUAAAUGGAAGGCAUUGAAUAAGAAUAAGAUGAAGAUGAAGAGUAAUCUCCUGACAAGGUUGAUGCUUCUUAAAAAAAUAUCUAAUCAUAGGUGGAUCUUUCACCUAAGAAGAAAAAAAAGAAAAAAGAAAGAGCAGAUAAAUAUGUUAGUAUUGCACCUGAUAGAAAGACUUAUAAAACUGAUAAGGACACUGAAUUAGCCUAUUAAAUUGGAUAAAAUCAACGACUUGGAGAACUCUAAGGAAUAUUUCAUAAUUAUGAUCCAACUAAUUUAGAAGACAAGAUGGCUGCAGCCAGACUUAAUCAAUAUUAUCAAGAAUAAAGAAUUAAAGAAUUAAAAGAACAAAGAGAAGAUAUUGAAAUGGUUGAAAACAUGAAAGUCUGGGCAACAAACAAAGGUAGAAUUGAUGAAAUAAUACUCUAGUCUGAAUAUCUAUAAUCUAUGGGAUCUCAGUUCUCGAAUGUUGGCAUCAAAGUUUCUGAUAUCUAUGAAUCUAAAAAGAUGGAUCUUGCUGAAGAAAAAGCCUAUGCUAAUUAUCUUAAUAAAACAUCUUACCACAAAGGCAGAACCAUUUCAAGUUCUCUCCCCAUAACCAAAGUAAUUGAAAAUACAGUAUUACCCACAUAAGUUGAUGAUGAGGCAGAGGAUUUCUAAUCUAAAAAUGCUUACUUAGAAUAAAGAAUUAAUUCGUAAAGACUUUACUUCCUCAAAAGAUCAAGAGGAAGUUGGUUGCCUGGAGGUGUUCCGAAUCACCCUAGUGCUGAAAAAAUUUAGAAUAAUCGUUCCUUAUCUUCCAGUUGUUUCAGAAGUGUCCAACCUUCUAAAUAAUUUAGUACUGUCUUCAAAAGCCAUAGCAUCAAAUCAGAUAUCGAUUAAUAAAUUAGCGAAAUAAAUGUGUUAAAGAAUAGAUUGGCUUCUGAAAAAAGGUUUGUUCCUAUAACCAUCCUACAAAAGUCCCUUGUUAUACCACAAGGACAUUUAAAUCCUCAAAAAGUACCUCUCCCAAAACCUGGAAUUCUUUUAGCCAAUAUACCUGACACAGGAAAGAAAACAAGAGGUAAAAAAAAGAAGUCUAAGAAAUGA